CUCUGGUAGAGUUACAGUGUUACAAGCUUAGCAGCCUUUCACCAUGUCUGGUCGCGGUAAGGGAGGAAAGGGCCUAGGCAAGGGUGGCGCCAAGCGUCAUCGUAAGGUAUUGCGUGACAAUAUCCAGGGAAUCACCAAGCCCGCCAUCCGGCGCUUGGCUCGCCGCGGCGGCGUCAAGCGUAUUUCUGGACUCAUCUAUGAGGAGACUCGCGGAGUGCUAAAGGUUUUCCUGGAAAAUGUUAUCCGCGAUGCUGUCACCUACACGGAACACGCCAAACGCAAGACAGUCACAGCCAUGGACGUGGUCUACGCGCUCAAGCGCCAGGGACGCACUCUGUAUGGCUUCGGCGGCUGAGUUUAGCGCGACAGUUUUCUACCGCAAAACCAACGGCCCUUUUCAGGGCCACCUACCCACUCAGGAGAAAGAGUAGUAGUCACUGCUUAAAAAAUUUAUAAUUAUUUUCACCCUUAAUAGCUUCGUAUUUUAAGUUCAAUUAUUUUACUUCUUAGUUUCAUAUCUUACUGGCCAGUGA